AUGACAUCCCAUUUGAUUGAUGAAGAAGAUUGGCGUCAACCUAUCAUAGAGUAUCUUGAGCAUGGAAAGCUUACAAAGGAUUCUCGUCAUAAAACUGAGCCUCUACAUCCAACUGUGGCUUCUUGGCCGUUUGAGGCUUGUGGACUUGAUCUGGUUUGCCCUAUUACACCGAAAUCAUCAGCAGGACAUUGUUAUAUUCUUGCGGCAACAUAUUAUUUCUCAAAGUGGGCUGAGGCCAUUCCUUUAAGAGAGGCCAAGAAAGAGAACGUGGCGAACUUCAUUCGUACCCAUAUUAUCUAUCGAUAUGGUAUUCCUCACCAGAUCGUGACAGAUAAUGGAAGAAAAUUCUCCAAUAGCAUGAUAGAUAAAUUAUGUGAAAAAUUCAAGUUCAAACAAUACAAGUCAUCUAUGUAUAAUGCAGCUGCGAAUGGCCUAGCUGAAGCAUUCCAUAAAAUGUUAUGCAAUCUUCUAAAGAAAAUUGUCUCCAAGUCGAAGGGGGAUUGGCAAGAAAGAAUCGGUGAAGCAUUGUGGGCUUAUCGAACCAUUCAUCACACUCCUAUAAGGGUUACACCAUAUUCGCUCGUUUACGGUGUAGAGGCUAUCCUUCCCUUCGAAAGAGAAUUCCCAUCAUAA